AUGACGACGUACGCGCGCCCCACGCAGCAAGGCAUCACGCGUGUCGCGACGGGUCAGCCGCAAGGCAAGUGGCCGCGGCCGCGCGCCCACCUCGCGCCGCGGGGCUCCCGUGCGCGCGCAGCUAAGGGUUCAUCUUUCGUCGUUUGUCGUAGGUUUAACUUCGUGGGUAAACUUCUGGGGCCAAAGGGCAACUCUCUGAAGAGGCUGCAGGAGGACACCAUGUGCAAAAUGGCUGUACUCGGCAGAGGUUCCAUGAAGGAUCGCCAAAAGGAGGAAGAACUGCGUGUCUCAGGAGACCCGAAGUUCGCUCAUCUGUCGGAUGAACUUCACGUCGAAAUCAGUGCGUUCGCGACACCUGCAGAAGCGCAUGCGCGGAUCGCGUAUGCCCUUGCUGAACUGAGGAGGUUCUUAGUUCCUGACUACAACGACGACAUCCGGCAGGAGCAAAUGUUGGAGAUGCAAAUUCUAUCGUCACAGAGCGACCAGAGGAGACUUACACCUCCUGAUUCCUCUAGAAGCGGCAGUGAGGAAACCUUGCCGUUACGAGAUACGCACAAGCACAGGCUAACAGGCGUACAGCCAACUGCUGCGCAGGCACCGCUACCGGGUAUGCCAGUCAACCACGCUGCUAGAGACUUCUCCCCGCCCGCGCCAACGCCUGCUCCGGAUCAUCUCUCCGCUGCUCAUCAUCAGCUUGCAGCUGGUCACACAGCCGGAAUGUUGGUCGGCGGAGGGGUACUGCAGCAGCCACCCACUCAUCAUUUAUUGACACAGAAUUCUCUCCUAGGUGGUGGUGACAUCCUGGGCCUGAGCAGCCCCGUGCUCAGCGGUGUAUUGCACGCCCAUCCGGCACUGCGUGGAGUUAAACCAGCCGCUGUGCAUGCGCUCGCCACGCAAGGUGCGGGUGGGUCGGCGGCUGCGAGCACAGCGCGCAAGCGGCCGCUGCUGGGCGGCGCACGGGCCGCCAUGUCGCCGACUAAGCGUGCCGUCAUGACGCUGCUAGCCAAAGCGAGGGCGGCUACGCAUAAGCAUACUCCUACUUGGCCUGCGCCACAUGAACACACGGCGCUUCUACCUCUUAUAAGAGACGAAUUUGUGACAGGAGUCGGCGUGAAUAUCAACCUAGCGUAAUUUAACAUUCUACAGGGCCGAGCUUAGAAGGGGCGCUAA